AUGGCGGCUCAUCGCGACGAAUAUCGUCAGUGGCCUUUUCUCACUGAAGAAGAGUUUGAACUUGCCUGUGCAUUCCUUGAUCGAAGAUAUAUCAGAGCAGAAUUGGGUCCUGCAAGAAAAAAUCUCAAGCUGCACAUGGGACGAACAGCAACUACUGGGUCAUGUUUUGUUGAAAUUAUCCGAUUACUUCAACCACCACGAGAUGAUGAUGAGCUAUUACUUGCCCUCAGCAAUUUAAGCAGCGGACAUGCUCCAAUAUCUGUUCCGAGUUCAGAGGUGGAUAUGAUGGAUGAUGAUGAGGACGACGAGGCCAUGCGUUCAAUCAAAUCUGUGACUACAGGAAGUGGUGCUCUCCCGCAAUACAACCUGUAUACUCACCAGCCUUAUGUUACUUACGAAAUUCACCUACAUCCCACUUACAGAAUGCCGACCUUAUGGUUCACACUCCAUGACCUACCGAUGAGUGAGCCUGCGUUUGACAUCAAUUCCGUCUACCGGCAUCUCGUACCAGAACAGUAUAAGAGUCAGCUUCGUGCAAUAGGAGUGAUGGGUGGAAUUUCUGCUGCUCCACAUCCUAUCACAGACGUGCCCGCCUUUUUCAUUCAUCCGUGUCAAACCAAAGAGGCAAUGGAGAAUUUUGACUGUCCUGCAAAUGAUUAUUUGAUGUUGUGGCUUGGCUUGGUAGGUGGAUGCGUGGGUCUAUGGAUGCCUCACGAAAUGGCCCGGGAAGAUUUAUAG